GUGUGUGUGUGUAUUCCCAAAGUAGAGGCCAUCACUACUCCGCAGUGUCUCGCUAGAACUGAACUGCACCUUGAGGUGGCCUAAAUAUAGUGGGUGACACUUAAGCGACCAGCGGUUAGUUUAGGUUAGGCGGCUGUCACUGGUGGUGGUGUUCAGGCAUGCGAACAGACCGCUUUAACUUGCAUGAAUAGUGUACUCACCAUUCACACCCGCUGUUAAACUGUGGGUGAUAUCUCUGCUACAUAUUAUUAUAUUGAUAUUUCUAUAUCAUAUAAGAAGGGAAAGCUGGCUAUAAAAGGGCAACUUAAAGAAUGAAACAAAAAAAAAGGCCCACUUUGUUGUUAGUCCCCUUAUAAUAUUAUGGUCUUAUAAGUCGUAGGCGUCAGUUUGGACUUUGAAUUAUUGUUUGCUUGUUAGUGGCCUUGUGACCUUGUUGCUGCAACAAAGAUAAAUAGUUGACUUUUUAAAUUGAUUUACAUGUUUUCUAAUAUUAUGUCGGGUGAUAGUUGACAUAUGGCAACGCUAAUUAAAGGGAACUUCACUGUGGAGAGAGAGAGAGAGUGUGUGUGUUUGUGGGGAGGGGGCUCACCAAUAUCCAUAUUUAGAAAAAAAAAUCAAAUUGAGUAUCUGCUAUUUGAAGCAAGAAAAAAAAUAAUUAUGAAAAAUCAGAAGAAAAACUCGAAAAUCAAGAAGAAAAGAAGACAAACUAUAGGAAAAAGGGGAGAGCCGUUGAACAGGCAAAUUUUCCCUACAACCACUACAGAACAACAUGAGCAUGUAAUCCAGCAGCGCGCCAGAAAUUUUAAGAUAAGUGGAAGGACCAAAACACAACACUGAAGGAAAGGAGGACCUAUCAAGCGAUAAAAAACAGAAGAGGUCACAACAACAAUAAGGUGACGGCAGAAAGGUGGAGGAGGCGUGGAACAGUGGGGCGCACCAAACAGUAGUGGUGGUGGAUGGUGAAGUGCAGCAGCUGAGCAUGGAGGACAUUUUUAGUGUGAAGAACAUUGGUUGGAUGAGCGAGGAACCCAUCAAUCUCAAGUCCUUCUAUGAAAAAUAUUCAGGAAUUGUCACCUCCGUACUGGAUGGCAAGAAGCUGAACACAAGAAAAGACAUUCGCCAGUUUUUCCCUCCAACGUUAUUAGAGGACCAGCAAGACCCAUUUGCCAUAGAGAGGCUGGAAGCAGCCUGCAGCCCAGACUUGCUGACUGUGAAAAAUGAAUUGCUGCCACAGGACAUCUCGCAGUUCCCAGCAAGCCAAACGGGCCGUGCCUGUAACUGGUAUGCAGGGACAUUCCAGGACAAAGUCAUUCCUGAGGGAGGUCCAGAGGCACUCCACACUCUGGCAGCACUAACCAAGGAGCACCAUCUGAGGGAAACCGUGGAAGACUAUGCUGUCUUGCGACACAAGCAGCUCAAAUACUCCAAAGUGUUGCGCUUGGUAACAGAUGAACGUGAUGUUCCUGAGCCAACCAUCUCUGAUAGGGACACUCAGGCCAAGAGUCAGGAUGACAUUGUGGUCAACGUGAGGAUACACAGACCCUUUCAUAAGAGGACUUAUUGUCGAAAGCAAAGCAAUACUUUCCCAAGACACAGUCAAGAGUUGCUGGUUCUUGGAUCACAGAAACUGACAGACUUGCGUGACAACAUCAACUGUAUCAAUGACCUUUCAGUUUGUAAAGACAUGUCUGCCUCCCCUCAGUUGAGAGACCUGGCUCACCUCCGCAAUGCAGCAAGUGAGUUUCCAUCUGGAUUCUUUUACAUCAAUGGAGUCUUCUAUAGCGACAUGAGGAACCCCAAAGCGAAAGAUUACAGUGAGGCCAUCAAGCUGUGGGCUCAGAAGAAGACAGAGAUAGGUCCAAUGACAACAAAGAAGAUGGAAGACACUCGUGUGAGGGACUUGGAGUUUCGUCUCGGCUAUCCAUAUGUGUUUGUGCACUUGGGCAACUGUGAGCACAUUGUGGUGUUCGUAGAUGCACGGCUGAAACACAAGCAAGAUGUUCAGGAUCCAAACCGUUAUCCAAUCAACUGGGGCCAACCCAUCAAACUGGCCACCAAGUGCUCCCUCUGCUCCCUCAACUUGGCAAACUGGAUAGUCAAGGGUGACCCAAGGCUGCCUCAGGAAAACUGUCUCCUGUGCGACCGCUGCCUCAAGACUUUCUGCUAUGACAAAUAUGGGAAGAAAGUGCACUCACUCAAGGUCUACCCUUAUAUGGAUGAGUUCCUGCAGAAACAGAAAAAUUUCACUGCCUGAAAACUUAUUGUUUUUCAUGCCACAAGUACACUGAAAAGAUGUUAUGCUUGUUUAGAUUGUUUUUAUGAAUAGGACAAACAAACCCAAUUAUCUUGGUUGUGAAGCAAAUAACAAAUUAAUGAUUAAGUUUAAAAAUAAAAUGGAUAUAUUUCUA